AUGAAAUUUCACCGAAUCCCUUUCUCCUACCGGGAGACACGAAUAGACCUCGAUUCAGCCACCCAAGGUUCUACGACUUCAAUAUGCUUGCCUGCAGCAUCAUCAAGUUUUUCGAGUAUCAACUACAAACGGCAAAUUCGAUCUGAUUCUCAAACAUCUGACGAUGAAUGUUCUUUUAGACAAAAAUAUUUAGCUUCCUCCUCAGCAAUAUAUCAUCGUAAUUAUCACCAUUCACCCAGGAGUUUUCUCUGGAGGGUGACUGAAAAUGCAAGGGUUCUAUCCAUACGAAUUGUGGAUAUUUUUCCAUACAAUCCUGAUGAUAAUACAGCCAUGACUCUACGUCUUGUCUUCCCUCACGCAAUCUUGCCAGAUUGUGUCGCACUGUCUGACUUCCAGGAGAAAGACUCACUCAGCAUAUUUGUACUUACUGACGCGAAGCAAGUCUGGACUCUCGACAUCUAUCCCUAUUUUUUUUUUCGAGCGACAAAGAUUGACGAGAAAUACACCGACUGGUAUCAUGCAUACUCCCCUAGAUCUCUAGGAAUUAAGACCCCGCAUAGAUUAAUUGCUUUAAGUGCUGCAGAACUUUUAAUAUCUUUUCAUGAUGGCGCACUCGUGAGACUAGAUAGAAAUCCCAACGUUUCUGGAUCUUUCUGGAAAGAACAACAGUAUAACGAAGGCGGGUGGGGGCAUAGUUUCAGGAGCAUGGUGCCCUUUGCAGGCAGUAACGGGGUUCGAUAUAGAGACCAAAUAGUACAGGGAUCAGCUGCAACUUCGAUCGCGUCACCAGUCACUCAAAUUAAUAAAAAUUCAUUUGCGUUUACAGUAACUAUUGAUCAUCGACUUCGAAUCUGGAAUCUUAGUCUAGGAAAAAUUGCUUAUUCAGGAGAUAUUCUGACUCAAGAAGCAGAAGUGCAUGAUGGCUCUAAAAAGAUAAUAGAUCCAUCUUACUCGCAGCUAGUCAAGGUUGUGCGAGAUUGGGAUGAUAAAAUAAUUUGUGCGACUUAUUCGCCACUCGGCUCUGGCGAAUUCAAAUUUUGGAAGGUUAUUGAUCAUGAAGAUUUCAAAUUAGAACUGCUGGAUCUUUUCCCAGAGAAUGUCUUAGUUCCUCAAGCGCCAACAUCUGAUAUAUGGAACGUAGCAGACUUUUCUGUCAUCAUGGACAAAAACCACGAAGGAAAAGUGACUCUCUGGAUCCUCUGGAAAAACAAUGUAACUUAUCGACUUCACAAACUUGAAUUCAAGACUGGAUCUAUUGGACAAGUACGAACUUCAUGGAGUGAUAAAUGGGUAGCUGUUGCCCUUGAUAAGCUCGAAGAAAGUUCAUUACCCACAAUACUACCUAGUGAUCCAUUAGACGCAACUGACAAGUGGCUUAAAUUUAUUUUAAGCCCUGGUAGAUAUACAAUCCCGACAAUCGAGACUGGACUUGCAAUAUAUGAACAUGGCCUUGGCUAUAAAACAGAUAGUAACGGAAAAGAAAGAUCCUUGGCGAGCCGGAUGUGCGCGGCUAUCGCCUCAACUUCGACAUUAACUCACAUGUCUGAUAACAUAAGUUUUGAGCAGUUUCGCUCUAGUACACAUAUUCAGUGGCUGAGGUUCUAUCGGCUAUUAAACGAUCUCCACAAGCAGCGAGGUGAGGCAAUGUCUCUCACCAUCGAACCUGAAGGACUUAUGCCAUUGGUUGUAUUAGCAGAUGGUGUCUCGGUUAUUCGUACAUGCAGCAGCUUAGAAAGGGUCUGGUACAAUAAUGAGCAUAUCAACGGAAGCGAUACCAUUUCGUCCCUUCUAUAUUCAGCAGCAAAUUUUUGGGAUUCACUACCCGAUUAUAGCGUCAGAGCCUGCAGCUCCGCGUUACUUGAGGAAGUUCAUCAAGAAUCAUCUCUGUUAGACUCUGCAAGAAUGACUGAAAUAUAUGAAAAGUGUGACUUUAUCAACCAAGUCACCAAUGAAGACUACGAUGAAUUAUUCAGGAUUCUUGGCGAGCAUAUCAGCGAUCUAACCCCAGAAGUUUAUGCUACUCUCAUAGAGCUUAUUAGCCCAGCCGAGGGAGAAAAGAAAUUCUUGCGUGCGCGUAAUCUUGCAGAGUUCGGUAACAAAUUACUGGUUAAAGGUGUGCAAGAUACUGUCGAGCUUCACAGAUCAAUUUGUCUAGAGCAAUUGAUUAUUGCUAUGUUCACAGAAUUUGAGCUCAUUGACGAAUAUAAUGGAAAAAAGAUAGAAACUGUACCUACUUUUAAGCAAUUACUAUUAAUACUAAAGAGACUAGAACUUAUUCGCUGGCUUACAAACACACAGAUCUGCAUCCCGCUUAAAUCUCCAGACUACGCUGAAGAUUCUCAAGACAAUCGAGCCCUAACCAAACUGGCCACAGAGGGCGUACAGACAAUUACUAUUUUUGAAGGAGUUUUAGGUCAUCUUUUCAGCCUAGAUCUGGAUAAAACCGGGAGUCUGCCAUCGUUGGUCACAGAUGCAAUAGUAGGACUCUGUGCCCACCAAAACCGAUAUGAAACUCCAACUGCGGUAAUUCAGUGCUUUCUGCUCAAGCAUAAUCGACCCGACUUGAGUAUAGAGUUUUCUAGAUUUAGCGGACAAGACGCAUUCUCUAUCUAUAUUAUGGGUAGAACACACCUCAUCAACGAUGAAAUUGUGAUAGCGGCGGAGUUUUUCAAAAAAGCCGCUUUUGGAAUGGCUUAUGCUCACCCUUAUCAACCAUGUGACCAUCGAAGUGCAGGUUAUCUUAAUGAGAGUGAGAAGCUACUGUUCAAUGCAGGACUUCCCAAAUAUUACGCUCAUAUAACGGACCUUUUUGAGACGCAAGAGCUUCACUCAUUCGUAGUCGACUUUGCACGGCUCUCCAUCCAAUUUAUGAAGUUCGAUGAGAGCGAAUAUGACCUUCACCAACGGAUGUGCACUAGUCUCUUUAGCGCAGCUCUUUACACUGCUCGGUACGAAAUUGCAUACUCCUCAUUGCUCCAGUUCAAGAAAGUAGGACUUCAGGCUUCUUACCUCGAGAUACUAAUCACAAAAAUGUGUGAAUCAUCACAUGCCUCAGAGCUCAUCGAAUUUCCUUUCAUUGGCUUGCAUGAUCAGGUCGAUCGGAUUUUGAGCCAAAAAUGUCAGAAUAUUACUAACAUCUCUCACGGUGUACCCUAUCACAAGAUUCUCUAUGCAUGGCGCAUCCGACGUGGAAAUUUUCGUGGUGCAGCUGCCACACUCUUUGAGCGUCUGCUAUUCUUAAAGGAUACACGGGAUGGCGACAAGAUGAUUGAAAGUAAUGACGAUCAUCUAGAAACACCCGUCACUCGCCAGUAUAUUUCUCUCCUUAAUACGUUAGGUUGCGUGGAUCCACAACAAGCAUGGAUUCUUUCAGAACACCAACGACCACCGUCGUAUACCCACACCAGAGCGAAUGUAGUGCCUGAGGUGUCACCAAAGCGCGUGUUGAUUACCCUGGCCGACCUGAAGCGGAGUUAUCACGAAGAACUGGACCGUAUAGCUACAAUCCAAAACAAUCAGUUCGCCUUUGCAGGUGGCGAUGAGAUGGAUGUAUUAUGA